GAAAUAGAUAUAGGUGUUCUCAAUCCGAAAAUUCGGAACGCCACGCGCACACACGCCCUGAUCGCGCUCCCGGCAUCUAGCUGGCUCCAAUCCGUUGCACGGCCGUUGGCACCCACCGAGCCCUGACACCGCCGCCGGCGAAACAGCAAGACGACACGCAUGAUCAGGUCCGGUCAGCUAACGAAAUGCUGCCAGACGACACGCAUGAGGCCUUCGCGCCGUACGAAGCAUGCAUGGUUUCUGUUUUCUGUAAAAAAAUAAAUAAAUAAAAGUCUUCUGCAUUUUCCUGGUAUAUAUUCCGAUCCGUUCCCUGGUUUCUUAACAGUGUAUCCGACUCGGACUUGUUGAUCGAUCGUCUUUUUUCUCGACGUGCGCACGCACGUACACAGACCGAAUCGGAUUAUUUGUGGGCGAGCAGUGUCUAUAUAUUUGCUCCGGUGGCCGAAGCGAGCGAGCCGACAAGCCACAGAUCGAUCUCUAGCUCGAUUUUUCAACGAGAACCCCUCGCUGAUCGACCGCACGCCGCGCGCAGUCGUCGUCGUACGUCGUCGUACUCGAUCGUCUUCGACGACGGCAAUGGCCGACCCGACGCCGCCGCCACCGUGCGCCGCGUGCGCGCACCAGGGGCGGCCCAGCUGCCCGGCGGGCUGCCCGCUGGCGCCCUACUUCCCGGCCGACCGGCCGGAGCGCUUCGAGUACGCUAACCUCCUCUACGGCGUGGACGGCAUCCUCCGCCGCCUGGAGGCGGCCGGGCCGGACCCGGGGACCCGGCGCGCCACCAUGGCGUCCAUCGUCUUCGUGUCGGACGCGAGGGCCGCCGACCCCGUGCACGGCGCCUACGGCGUGAUACGGAACCUCCAGCAGGAGCUCGCCAGCGUCAAGGCCGAGAUCGCCGCCAUCCGGCAGAAGCAGCAGCAAGCCCAGCCGCCGCCGCCGCCGGAGGACGGCCACUAACUAAGCCUACGCACCGCCAUCCGCAUUUAUAUAUGCAUGCUGUGGAGACGGUUCAAUUAGAUUAUGUUUUUCUUAGUAACUCAUUAGAUUGCUGCAAUAUUAAUUAUCUGAAUUCAGAGUUUAGCUCCAUGUUUCGGAAAUAACUAGGAUUAGCACCCCCACACGUUGCCGUGCAGUGGGUGCGACGGUAUUUCCAAAGGAUGUCAAAUUACUCCUCUAUUUACUGUAUGUCAUAUAUGAUUAUAUUUGUAUUUAAAAGUGUCUUAUAAUAAUAUUAUUAUGUUGAA